GUCUCCAGCUGAGCAGACGAUCAAGUCGCGUCAGUUAGCAUUAGCUGCCAUUUAGCAAUAGUCGUCGCUGAAACACGUCUCUGCUGUCGUGUGAUGUCAUCAUGUCCAUACAGGUGACACUACAGCAGAGGAUCAUCACUGCCCAGGUGUUACUGAAGAGGGCAGAGCUUCUGUGUCCGGGUGUGGAGGGUCAUCAGAAGCUUUGUGCUAAAGUUCGCGCUGAGCUGCGUUUCCUGCGGAGGGUGGAGGCGGGAGAACUGCAGGUGAAGGAGUCUCACCUCCACAGCACCAACCUGACUCACCUGAGCGCCAUCGUGGAGUCGGUGGCUAGCGUGGACGACGUUGCCGCUCUGCUGCACGUCUUUACGUACCAGGACGCUGGCGGCAGCCGCCACACACUAGUGGUGGAUGUGGUGGCUAACAACGGAAACACCUGGGUGAAGGCGGUGGGGAGGAAGGCGGAGGCUCUGCACAACAUCUGGCAGGGGCGGGGCCAGUAUGGAGACAAGAGCAUCAUCACGCAGGCGGAGGACUUCCUACUUGCUAGCCGCCAGCACCCGCUUCAUUACCGCCACCCGCAGGUUGUCUUCGCCUUCUACAACGGCGUUUCCUGCUCCAUGGCUGACUGCCUCAGAGACAUGGGCGUGUCUGUGCGCGGGGACAUCGUAGCUGUCAACACGGUGGAGGCGGAGUCAGACGGCGGUGACAGCGAGGAGGAGGAGCAGGAGGAGGACGGGGAGGAGGCCGCGGAAGAUGGCGACGACCCGCAGAUGGCGGCGUCUGAGCCGACGCACGUGGACCGCAGCACGGUGGUGGCCAGUCUGCAGUUUCCUGUCCAGGUGCAGGUGGAGGAGUGUCGGCGGGUGAACCUCGAUAUCACCACGCUCAUCACGUACGUGUCGUCGCUGAGUCACGGUCGCUGUCACUUCACCUUCAAGGAGGCGGUGCUGACGGAGCAGGCCGCUCAGGAGCGCCGCCUGCAGGUGCUGCCGCAGCUCAGCGCUUUCAUGGCGGGGAAGGAGCUGUUUGUCUGUCGCGCCGCCACCACUGACUUCCAGCUGAUCCUGGACACGCUGGGUGGGCCAGGAGAGAAGGAGCGUGCUCAGAAGCUGCUGUCCAGCCUCCACAUUGUUGAAGACCAAGUGUCAGAGCGCACUGUGCGUCUCACGCCCAGUGCCAAGAUCAACAAGCGCUCGCUCGCCAUCUUCGGUACGGGAGACUCGCUCAAAGCCGUCACCAUGACAGCAAACAGCCGCUUUGUUCGGGCAGCAGCCAAUCAAGGCGUCCGAUACAGUGUGUUCAUCCACCAACCGCGAGCUUUGACCGAGGGCAAGGAGUGGAGGGCCAUGCCCACCUGAGUCCAGCAGACUUCCUGUGCACAUGUAAAUAAAGAGUUUGAGUCA